CGCUUCCGGAAUUGUCAGCAGACCCCAAAUGAGGGGCGUGAUCCAGACGAUUGGCAACCAAGAGUCCAGUUGAAAAAGGCACAUGCCAGUGGUAGCGUAGUUUUGUCUGACCGAGAGAGCGUAGCUAGAUUGGGAGACAAAUUCAUUGUGAAACCAAAGUUUGUGGUUGACUAUCUCCAGCAUCUUGAGGUCAUAGAGUUUAAAAAAAAGAAGAGACUGGCGGAAAGGGCAAGGGAAAGUAGGGAGGCAAGAGAAAAGUCCUAUGAUGAUUAUCAUUGGGCUACUUUGUGCGAAGAUGCCGCCAAGCUAAAAAAGCUCCGUGUGCCAGAAUUGAACAAAUACUUACAACAUCAUGGGCUAUUAAAACAGCAUCAGAAGAGCAGCAAGAAUGACAAAGUGAAGAUAAUUAUGGGACACUUCCUGCAGAUGAAUACUCUCAGAACAGGUCAAGCCGAAGUGAGAGGCAGCAAUGAAUCAGGUCAACUAGACAGCAGUGGUGAAAGCAGUGAGGGAGAAGAAACUGAUGAUGAUUACAAGAGUGAUGCCCCUGACUCUUAAGACGACUCAAAUGAUGUCGUUCUUGCUUUUAUCGCCUCAGAAGAGGAAUAUGUAGACGAGCGGCCAGCUACAACGCGCUCAGGACGAGCAGUAACAAGAAGAGCUGAAAUUGACUUUUCAUUCUUUUGA